CACACACACACACCCAAACACCUUCCCUCUUAUUUUCUCUCUCAUACACUCUUUGGGAUCGCCACAAAGCAAAAUAAUUGCACUGCGAGCAUGAUAAACCAACGAAACGAACGAAAGCUCUCUUACACAGACAGCAGCUCCUUUCACUUUUGGAAAUUUUUCGGCCCAAGCCCAAGUUCUCGCUGGCGUGCGUGGUUGUGGAUGUUGUUGUUUUCCCCCUGCACGCAAGCUUGUCGCUGGAAAUUAUUGUCCAGAAAGUUUGCAAGGUUACGCUUUCGAAAUUCUUGCCCGCUCGCGAGGGUGGGAGUAUGUAUGGGGCAGUCGGAUCGGCAUCGAAUGGACCGGGAUGGGGAUCGACUGUGAUCUUCGGCGUCGGCAUCCAUUCACAGUGGACCGCGAACCGUUACACGAUCCAGUUCGUACAGUGCGUGAUCUUCGCGAAACGUGAAUGGGUAGAUUGUAUCAAAAAAAGGUGCACCAUGACCAACUUGCAAGUUUUUACACCGAUCCUACCGUACGUGGGACGAUUGCCGGGCGAGCUACGGUACGGUUCGCGCAUCAAGCUGCGAGGCCAUUUCCGUGAGCCCGAAGAUGCGGUCCACAUCAUCCUGCAGCGGGAAGCGCUGCUGAACCCGCAGGACGAGCUACCCCUGUACCUAACGAUUCACCCGGGCCGGAAGGAAAUCGUGCGCAAUCACCUGUGCAGUGAUUGCUCGGCCGGGCCGGAGGAACGCAUCGACAACUGUCCAAUCGAGUGCGGUCAGGACUUUGAGCUAGCGAUUGUACCGUCGGCCAAUGGGUACGAGCUGUCGCUGCACGGUACGCCGGCGCACACGUUCAGCUACCGUGCACCGCUGGCCACCGCCCGCUAUCUGUUCGUAUCGAGCGGUUGUGUAAUUUUUGCAAUUAACUUUGAAAAUUGGAAUGCAACCACGGGUGAGCAACCGCACCGGCCGCAAACACCAACGGCACCGCUUCUUGAACCGUCACGGCUUUACCCCGUGCUAGAGGAACAGCAGCAACAACAGCGCCACACACAACAACAAACACGAUCCCUUCUGCCUCAGAUCCAUCGCCAUCCGCAGCAGCAGCAGCAACACCAUCCCCAUCAUUCCCAUGGCAACAAUCUGCGGGAGCUUGUACUGCAGGUGCUGCCGCUGGUGCAGCUCGCCGCAUCACAGCUGCAGGCGAACGCGAACGAUCGUAACGAUGGUAACAACGGCUCUGGUAGGGCUGGCAUCGGUAACCUUGCCCACCUACUGCCCUUGUUUCAACCGGUAGUGGAGCAACGCACGGCGCGCGUUAAAGCCAACCGCCCUGCCAAUCGAUGGACGUCGUUCUCCUGCUGGCGUAUGAACAAUGCCGAAAUCCUACCGGCAAUGUUUCUGACCUGUUCCAUGGGCCUGAUGAAGCUGUUUCGAUUCCUCACCAUUGCCUGCGUCUUCGGAUACAUCGGUUAUGUGUUCUCGAGAAACACCACUUGGAGCAUGACCUGGAAAUAGUGGUUCGAUCGGUGUGAGUGAGUGGUUUGUAUUAACUAUUAACGUUUGCUUUAAUAAAUUGCUGCUUUUGUAUCAUGUAAAAGACAUAUUGCUAUUAAUAAUAGUAUGUGAGUAAAAUAUAAGAAAAACUAGUGCAGUCU